AUGUGGCUGUACCUGGCGGCGGUGCUGGCGGGGCUGUACCUGCUGCGGCGUUGGCACCGGGAGCGGCAGACGGUACCGGGGCUCUCGGAGAAGUACGUGCUGAUCACGGGCUGCGACAGCGGUUUCGGGAACCUGUUGGCGCGGCAGCUGGAGGCGCGGGGCCUGCGGGUGCUGGCCGCCUGCCUGACCCCCACCGGGGCCGCCCAACUGCGGGCGGCCUCCUCGCCGCGCCUGCAGACCCUCCUGCUGGAUGUCACCUCCAGCCAGAGCAUCGCCGCCGCCGCCGCCUGGGUCCGGGAGCGUGUGGGCGACCGAGGGCUCUGGGGGUUGGUGAACAACGCAGGGACCGCUGUCCCCACCGCCCCCAACGAGUGGUUGACCAAGGAUGACUUUGUGAAAGUGCUGGACGUCAACCUGGUGGGCCUCAUCGAGGUGACGCUGAGCCUCCUGCCCCUGCUGCGGCAGGCGCGGGGCCGGGUGGUCAACGUGGCCAGCGUGAUGGGCCGGCUCGCCUCCUUCGGGGGAGGCUACUGCGUCUCCAAAUUCGGCGUGGAGGCCUUCUCCGACACCCUCAGGCGUGAGAUGCGACCCUUUGGGGUGCAGGUCUCCAUCAUCGAACCCGGUGGCUUCAGGACGGGGAUGACCGACCCCACGACGGUGGCGAAGGGUUUCAAGCGCCUCUGGGAGCGGCUCCCGGCGGAGACGCAGGCGGCCUACGGCCACCACUACCUGGAGACCUACAUCAAGAGCACCGUCCUGCUGCACCGCCUGAGCAGCCCCCGCCUCUCCCGAGUCACCGGCACCGUGGAGCACGCGCUGCUCACCCGCUGCCCCCGCAGCCGCUACGCAGCCGGUUGGGACGCCCGGUUCCUCCUCGUGCCCCUCAGCUACUGCCCGGCCUGGCUCACCGAUGCCUUCAUCGGCCUCUUCCUCCCUGUCCCUGCUGGGGGGACGCCUGUGCGUCCCUAA